UACCACAUUCUUCAUUAUUUUUUAAUUUUUUCACUAUUUUUUACCUUUAAUUAGUAUUAAUUUUAAAAAUUUUAUUUGUUUUCUUAUUUUAAUUGUUACUUAUUAAAUAAAAUUAGUUUUAAUGAUAUAUCCCAUCAAAUGAGUUGUAAAUGUGAUGAAAAAGGAAUCCAUUUAUGACUGUUGGCUUUUGUCAAAUUCUAUCAGAAACUCGACUUCUUCGGAUGAGCUUUAUACUUUGUUGAAGAAGCACUUGAUGAAGCACAACACAAUUCAUGACAUUGGCAUGUUCAACGUACCAUUUGAUCUUCGUUUCAAGUCUUUUGACACUCUGUUGACAUGUGCUGACGAGUUGGAGAAGGAAGACCAGACGGUUGAAUCUUCUCUCAAAAGAGCCAGGCAGUUGGCCGUAGAUAUUAAUCCAUCCGUCGAGUUAAAGGUACAUUACGACGGUAGACAGUAUUCGCUUUCUAGUUAUGUAAGCAAAUUUGUUUGGGAUGACCGCAAGUUUCCUAAGUACUUACCAAUUAGUGAAAACCUAAAAAAUCUAUCGCAGUUGGUUCACAAGUUGAUGGACGACUUGAUUCUCAAGUCUGUUGCCUACAACGAGUUAAAGUACAAACGCAACAGUAUCAACAGUAACAGUGACGGUAAUAUUCAGUUCAGGGACCUUGUGUAUGUAAUUACUCCCGAUGUAGUUGAGAGUAACGAUGAUUUCAUGGAGACCAAUCACUUGACAACAGUCGUAGUAUACGUCCCAAUUAGCUCACAGGAUGACUUCCUCAACACUUACAUGACCUUCAGUGAUAACAUCGUACCAAAUUCCGCAAAACACAUCAACUUACCCAAAUCCACUAAAACUGGAGGGAUAAUGCUGUGGCGUGUCGUGCUAUUUAAAUCGAGUGUUGAGAAGUUUAUUGAGUCAUGUAAAUCGAACGGGUACAACGCGAAUAAGUUUGUGUAUUCUGAGGAUCGUUACAGGCAACUGCUGGAGGAGCAGUCACGACUGGAGACUGACGCACAGCGUCAACAAGCUUUCCUCUCCCGAAUCUAUGAUGUAGCUCAUUCUGACAUUUUCAUUUAUUGGGUACACCUCAAGGCCAUGAGGGUAUUCUGCGAAAGUGUUUUGAAGUUCGGACUACCCGUCCAGUUUGCGUCUCUAUUUAUAUUUCCUGUCAGUUCAAAACAGGAACAAUUGCAUAAGAUUUUGUAUGAAAUGAUUCCAAAAUACUCAAAUUCGGAACAGAAUACAGAGACAAAGGAGAAGGAAUACGAAAAAUGUACUGAUACUUCAUUUUUACCAUAUGUUUUCUUAUCAUUUAAAAUUUCUUAAUUUCUUCACAACAUCUUCCAUUUAUCCCUUCUACCCU